AUGGACGUCGAUCCUCUAGCAGAUACCGUGCCACCGCGCUACGCCAUCGAGUCGGAUGAGGAGGAAGACGAGUUCAACCCCCUGCAUCCAAAUCCAUCUCCACCUACCCCCACUCAAUACGACGUCAAAAUCGUCGGGGAUUUACAGUCGGGAAAACCGCUGGAGGUUGCAUCCGGCGACGCGGGACGCUACUGGGCUAGAGGCGCACAGCUGGGCGAGCAGAUUGGCGCAGUGUACGUCGAUAAAGUCCAGAUUGGGCUUCUGUUCACGCCUACAUGGACAAGCGCGACAGUGCUGAUCUCCGAACCGUUCGCACGGCUCCCUUUGCCCGCGAUGCACCCGUACGCAGCGGCUGUCCUCGACGCGCUGUCCCCGACGAGCCUCGCGGUUCUGGACACGUACCCGACACCGACGUACGCAACGGAUGUGCGCAUUCCGGCGCACGACGCGCCUGUGAGAUAUUUGACCACGGAUGAGGGGCUGAGUUUCUCUGAUGAAGAGGCGAAACCGUUCGAGCCGCCGAAUCUCGUAGCGGCCACAUCUGCUGCGUUCCUUACUUCCUCUUCUCCCUCAUCCUCCUCAUCAACACCGUUAACCCGCACACUCAUCCUCUUACCCACACCACACAUCCCCCCCUCUCCUCCCCGCACCCUCUCUGCCUCCUCAUCUACCUCCGCACUUUCACAGGACAAUGAUGACGACGAUGUAGAUUGGAGCACGCAACUCGUAAAUUCUGCACAGCGUCUUUUGUUUAGAGCUAUUGGUAAGGGAGAGGAUGGGAUGCGGGAGUGGGUGAAGCCUAGCAAUAGCAAGGAGGAUGUGACUGGUGGAGUGAAGAGGAGGAAGGGGGCAGAGGUUGGUGAGGGUGGGAUUAACCUUCAUAACAUUCAGUACAAUGAAUACAAAGAAGCCUUUGCCCUCUUCGACAAACGCGGCACCGGCGCCGUCCCACGCGAAACCCUCGGUGACCUCCUCCGCGCGCUCGGGCAGAACCCCACACAAGCAGAGGUAGCCGAGAUCGUCGCGGCCGCACCCAGAGACGUGGAUUACAAGACAUUUUUGACGAUUUUGAAUCGACCGGAUGGGUUCAAGCCUGCAGGCACACCUGAGGAAUUUAUCCGAGGCUUCCAGGUCUUUGAUAAAGAAGGCAAUGGAUUCAUCGGCGCGGGAGAGCUCCGCUAUGUCCUAACUCAGCUCGGCGAGAAGAUGACGGAUGAGGAAGUCGAUGAGCUGUUGAAGGGGGUGCAAGUUGGCGCAGAUGGAAAUGUCAACUACGAAUCGUUCGUGCGCACGAUUCUGAGCCAGUAG